AUUUUGUGAAGUCACCCAAAAAUGAGAAUGGAACAUUUAGGAUAUGCAAGCAAUGCAAGAAGAGAUCUUUUUGCAAUAAAAAGAUGUGGCAGAAACAACACAUGAAAUCUACUGAAACAACCUCCAUCACAACUCACAGUUCCUCUUAUCUUAUCAUAGAUGUGAUCAUCAUCAGAUCAACGGCCUGGAUUCAUCCGGCGCCGAGGUCCGUGGAGCUUGACUGUCAAUUUUACUAUGUAAUCAUCUGUGGGGCAGAGGAGGAGUUGUAAUUUGGUGAAAAGAUCAAACCUUGAAAUGAAGCUCGUGGCUAUGGCGAUCGCGUGUGGAUAAAACGUGCCCUACAUUAGCCAAUCGCGUUUCAGAGAUAUCCAACCAAACCCCCUUUUGAUUCUUUUCUCUCUCUCUUUCUAUUUCUCCGCCACGAAAUUAAAGUAUUCUGUCAGUCCCACGCUGCCCACCUGUGGCGAUUCCCAUUUCCCCCAAUUCGUCGAACCCUAAAUUUUUGAGACGCUCGGAAUUGAGCGAGACUGAAGCCACCGGAUUCUGAUUUGGUUGGUGAGUUCUUCGGGGAUUUGGAUUCAGUCGAUUAGGGAUUUGGAUUUAGGGUUGCGGAAUUCGACCGAGAAUGGCGGUUUCGAGUGCGUUCGUUGGUGCGAAGCUCGAGGCGUUGCUGGUGAGCAAUACGGCGGCGGCGGCGUCCGCCACCGCCGCCGCAUCCUCGCCGGCGCAGGCUGGCUUGCUCUGCGUGCCGAUUGCUGCUCGGUCAAAGCGGAACCCCGCCGUGUUGAGGAGGAAUUGGGGAAUCAUCAAGUGCGACGCCGCGCCGGAUACUUUGAUCCCGUCGGAGAAACUGGACGCCGCCAGUGCAACCUCCGCCUCCGCCUCCAGCCUCUCCGCCCUAGAGCAGCUGAAAACCUCCGCCGCCGACCGUUACACCAAGGAAAGAAGCAGCAUUGUAGUGGUAGGCCUCAGCAUCCACACAGCCCCUGUCGAAAUGCGGGAGAAGCUCGCAAUACCCGAGGCCGAAUGGCCUCGGGCCAUUGCCGAGCUGUGCAGCUUGAACCACAUCGAGGAGGCUGCCGUUCUCAGCACCUGUAACCGAAUGGAAAUCUACGUCGUCGCACUUUCUAGGCACCGUGGGGUUAAAGAAGUCACUGAAUGGAUGUCCAAGACAAGCGGAAUCCCCGCUUCGGAAAUCUGCGAGCAUCGGUUUCUUCUCUACGAUAAAGAUGCGACACAGCACAUUUUCGAAGUAUCCGCAGGGCUCGAUUCGUUGGUUUUAGGCGAGGGUCAGAUUCUUGCGCAAGUGAAGCAAGUCGUCAAAGUCGGGCAAGGCGUCGUGGGGUUCGGACGCAACAUAAGCGGGCUGUUCAAGCACGCGAUAUCCGUCGGGAAACGGGUUAGAACCGAGACAAACAUUGCCGCCGGUGCAGUUUCGGUGAGUUCGGCUGCCGUCGAGCUGGCUUUGAUGAAGCUUCCGGAAGCCUCCCAUGCGACUGCUCGGAUGUUAGUCGUCGGCGCCGGAAAAAUGGGGAAGCUCGUCAUCAAACACCUGGCGGCAAAAGGCUGCACGCAGAUGGUCGUUGUGAACCGGAGCGAAGACAGAGUCGCCGCCCUUCGCGGUGAGAUAAAAGAUGUUGACAUAAUCUACAAGCCCCUCGCCGAAAUGCUGAGUUCCGCCGCCGAAGCGGACGUCGUCUUCACUAGCACCGCAUCCGAAUCCCCGCUGUUUCUAAAAGAGCACGUCGUUAAUCUCCCGGCCGUGGGCGCCACCGUCGGGGGUCAGCGUCUGUUCGUGGACAUCUCGGUUCCGAGAAACGUUGGCGCUUGUGUCAAUGAGCUCGAGACGGUGAGAGUCUACAACGUUGAUGAUCUCAAGGAGGUGGUGGCGGCGAACAAGGAGGACCGGCUUCGGAAAGCCAUGGAAGCUCAGGAAAUCAUCGCCGAAGAAUCGAAGCAGUUUGAAGCCUGGCGGGACUCGCUGGAGACCGUUCCGACGAUUAAAAAAUUGCGGGCGUAUGCGGAGAGGAUCCGCGCUGCCGAGCUCGAAAAAUGCUUGUCGAAAAUGGGCGACGAGAUUCCAAAGAAGACCCAGAAGGCUGUCGACGAUUUGAGCCGAGGGAUCGUAAAUAAAUUGCUGCAUGGCCCGAUGCAGCACCUUCGGUGCGAUGGGAGCGACAGCCGGACGUUGGAGGAGACGCUUGAGAAUAUGCACGCGCUCAAUCGGAUGUUCAGCCUCGAGACGGAGAUAUCGGUGCUGGAACAGAAGAUUCGGGCAAAAGUCGAGCAAGCGCAGAAAUGACGAGGUUUGUGAUCGAUCACAGUUGUCUGAAUAAUAGUCGGUAAGAGAAAGUGCGAUCGAUCGAUCGAUCGGAGUAAUUUUUCUAUAUAUCAAUACUUUGAUUUAAUUGUGUUGAUGAAACUAGUGGUGCUGGAAAUCCAGGCUGAUGGAUAUAUACAUACAUAUAUAUAUAUAUUUAUGUAUAUUUAUCUAUCUUGAUCUUGAUGUUGAUCGUCAUUUUUCAUUACAUAUGUGUAAUGAAAUUGCAAAGAUGGUGCAUCAUUUCUGAUA